AUGGAUGGGGCCUCGUUGUCCCCUCCUCGAUCCCCAGGAGUCUCCGACACCAACGGCCCAGCAAAAGACCUCGCCGAACAGCUUAGAAAUGCUCGAAUCGAAGACAUUGGAGGCAAUUUCCAUUUCUAUAUCUCACGACAAACGACGCACGAACUCAUCAACAAAAGUACCGUCACAGACAUUCUUGCCCAGCAUAUCAAAGAUCAAAAGGUUCUACAGCGAACCGCCAGGAAAACUUGCAGACGCGGGAAAGCCCUAUUUGCCAUUCUCGUGCUGGUUGGGAAGGAAGCUGAGAUAGAGCUGUUCUUCAAGGAAAACAUCCUCGAUGACCAGCUUCCCCUUCGACGACGUGAUCAAGAUAACGAAUUCAACCUCUGGACGGAGGACGGGAAACCGGUGACGGCCACUGGACAUUGGAAGAGCAAACAUCGAGAGAAGCUCUACUCGUUCCAAUGGUGGUUCCUGGCGACCGUCUUUGAGGAUCUCAGGCAUUACGAGCUUUCCAAUAAUGCCAGUUUACCCACCGUGCCGUUGCUACCAGAAGAGAGCCAUCUAGUCCCGCUGAGUGGCGGAUUCAGCGAUGUAUUUUUUGUCCGUUUUCAUCCCGCGCAGAUGGAAUGGAGCGAAGUCGUCGAUCUGGACUCCAAAGGACCACUGUGUGCAGUGAAACGCCUCCACCAGUCCGACCAAGACGAAUUCGAACGAGAACAACAAAUCCUCUUCCGGCUGACCCCCAAGAAAGACCGCCAUCUCAUCAAGCUGCUGUCCACCUUCCGAAAAGACGGGAAAUGGCACCUGAUCUUCCCCUUUGCCGACUCCAACCUGCGUGCAUACUGGGAUUGCCGUCCUAUUCCUGAUUUCGACCGAGAUACCGUCCUUUGGUCCCUCACGCAGAUGACUGGCAUCGCAGGUGCUCUCGCGAGGAUACACAAACUCACCAUCACGAUCAACGUCACCGAUCAUGAUCAAGUGGAUUCACCCAACGGCACCACCACCCGCAACAACAAGAAACGGUAUGAAACACUCUACGGUCGGCAUGGAGACAUCAAACCGGAAAACUUCCUCUGGUUCCAGCAUGCUAUCGGCGUCACCGACCCAAGAGGAGUUCUCCAACUGGCCGACUUUGGCCUGGGACGACUACAUGGCCAACACAACUCUCGAGGGCAAACACCCACCAACGACGUGCCUUGCUCGCCGACCUACGAGCCCCCCGAAUAUAGGAUUGGGAAAUAUGUCUCCCAGGCCUAUGACAUGUGGAGCUUCGGCUGCGUCCUGUUGGAAUUCGUGACAUGGCUCGUUCUCGGUGCGGAGGAGGUUUACAACUUCGCCGACUAUCGUGGUGAACUCUCCCCUCGCACCGGGAUCAACGACGACAACUUCUACACCAUUACCUCGGACACGACAGCAAUGGUCCGAACAAAGGUUCUCGACUGGGUGAAUCAGCUGCAUCGCCACAAACGCUCUUCACGACUCAUGCAUGAUCUUCUUAAUCUUAUCACAGAGCAUCUGAUUGUGGUUGAACCGAGCGCCCGAAUCGAAUCAAAGAAACUGUACCAAGAGUUGAACCGAGUGCUCAAUAAAGCUACUAAGAAUGAUGACUACGCCUUGACACCAAUGCCAACCUGCCAUGAUCAAUGCGCAAUGAAGUAG